AUGGACGUCGACUCUGAGCCAUUCAUUACACGCGUCCCUUCACCCUCACCGCCAACUCUACCUGCUCCUGACUCCUACGACGACUACCGCGAUGCACAGACCCCGAUAGCCAUUGACAAUGGCGCGACAACGCUGCGAUAUGGCUUCUGUACCUCGCCAAACCCUCGCUCAACCCUGAAUGUAAUAGCAAAAUAUAAAGAACGUCGAACGAACAAGCCUCUUUUACUCUUUGGAGACGGAGUAGAUGUUGAGGGUGGGGCAAAGAUUCAGGCAAGGACACCAUGGGAGGGUGACAUACUGCUCAAUUCUGAUGCUUUGGAAAACGCAUUAGACUGUGUCUUCAUUCAACUCGGCGUUAAUACGGCCACAGUGGACCACCCGAUUAUAAUGUCUGAGCGUCUCUGCUCCCCCAUACAUUCUCGGUCAUUAACCUCAGAACUGCUUUUUGAGCAAUACCGAGCGCAGUCUGUUACCUACUGUGUUGAUGCGGUCAUGUCCUUCUACCACAACAACGGGCUCAAUCAAGACGGCCUGGUCCUUUCAUUCAACAACGCGUCUACGUCGGUCAUUCCCGUUCUUGGAGGCAAAGGAAUCUUAAGCCACGCCAAACGUAUCCCAUGGGGCGCGUCUCAGUCCGCAGACUACCUCCUCAAACUGAUACAACUGAAAUACAACAACUUUCCAACCCGAGUAACUCCCUCGCAAUCCCAGUGGAUGUUACACACCUUCUGCGAGUUCGCGCCGGAUUACCCUGCGUUGAUCCGCUCGCUCAAUUCCAUCACAGCCCUCCAACGGGCAGACCGAAUUAUUCAGUUCCCUUUCGCCCUACAUCUGACCGAAGAAAAGUCGCCGGAAGAGUUGGAGAAAGCCGCAGAGCGGAGGCGAGAGCAAGGGAAAAAGUUGCAGGAGAUGGCUGCGAAGAUGCGCACGGAGAAGUUGGCGCAGAAGGAGAACGACCUUGAGUAUCUUGUGAAUCUGCGUGAGGGUAAGGCAGACGAUACCAAAAGGGAAUGGGCGUACAAAUUACAAACAGAGGGCUUCGAUGACGAUGCGGCCCUGGACGAAGCAAUCAAGAAACUCGAGAACGAUGUGAAGAAAGCUCGCAGAAAGGAAGCAGUCGGGGAAGUAGAAGAGAUUGAAGAGCCCACGUAUCCUCUACUAGACGUUCCAGAUGAUCAGCUGGACGAAGAGGGUCUGAAAGAAAAAAAGAAGCAAAAACUCUUGAAGGCUGGAUCGGAAGCUCGAGCUCGAGCCAGAAAGGAGAAGGAAAAGGAGCGCGAAGAACGUGAGCGGGUUGAUAGAAUGGAGGAGGAGGAGCGACAAGACGAUCUGGACAGAUGGGUACGCAAAAUGCGCACAGAGCAAGAAAACUUGAUGACGAAAAUCAAAGAUAGAGAGCGCAGAAAAGCGGCUCUCAGUGACAGGAAAAGUGCCGCUGCUCAAGCACGCAUGAAAAAUAUCGCUAGUCUAGCGGCUGAUGAGCGGAUGCCAAAGAAGAAACGGAAAGCUGGAGGAGAGGACACCUUCGGAGCAAACGAUGCAGACUGGGCCAUUUAUCGGAAGAUCAACAUAGCUGCUCCUUCGGACGACGAAGAAGAGGAUAUGUUACAAUUACAAAUGGUCGAAUCGAAACUCCUCACUCAUGACCCCACAUUCACGCUCCACCACACACAUGCGUCAAUUACCUCAAAGCGUUCCGAACUCAUCUCCACCCUCCGGCCAGUCUACGAGGAAGGCGAUGUUCCGGGCUCCUGUAGAGUUCAUCUGAACACGGAGCGCUGGCGAGUUUGCGAGACCUACUUUUCCCCAGGUAUGGCUGGUGUCGACUCCGCUGGACUGGGAGAAGUCAUCCAGAAUAUCCUUGCUCGAUUUAGCGACGAAGAGAAAGGAAAGCUUGUCAAGAAUGUCUUCCUGACUGGUGGGCCAGCACAAUUCACUGGUCUUGUGCCUCGGUUGCAAACUGCCUUGCGACCAAUUCUACCUCCAGAGAUGCCGAUUCAAAUAUUUAGCGCCAAAGAUGUUAGUUCUGACGCAUGGCGAGGGAUGGCCAGGUUUUCCCAGCAGCCGGACUUUUCACAAAGCGCCAUAAGCCUGGCGGAAUACGAGGAGUUUGGAGGCGAAAGGAUAAAACGGUGGUGGGGCGGCAACUGGAACUAG